UAAAUCUGGUGAUUCGAUUCCAUAUUAUUCCGCAUCACUACUGCCAACGUACGAUAUAAUAUGCAAAUCAUUAAUCUGGCAACACUACUCACGCGUUUUAGAGCGCAGAUAAAAGUUAUUAUUUUUCAUGUUGGAAAAUGUAAAAAAAUGUAGUUUUCUUAUUCGAAUUGCUGUAAAACUUAAAAAUCAGUUCUGUUAUUUGCCAAAGCGCAACAAGUGCAAAGAGAAAUAAUUGAUUGUGCAAAAAUAAUUUUGCUCUAAUAAAAUUAAAGUGCAAAUCCAUAAUAGCAAAGUACUAGUGACGUCUAGGAAGUGCUAUUUGACACAAGAAAUGUUUAAUUAUCGUUUUUUCGUAUCGAAGCAAUUAUUAUCAUCAUCACCGACAUUCGCAGUUUCGUAAACAGCGUAUUUCAUAAGGCAAUAUUGUGGCUACAAUAAAUAUUUGUGUAUUGAACUUUAAAAAUACUCUCAGGGGAAGGGGGUGUUUUAGUAAAAGCUUAGUGAUCGAGUUAUAGCAGCAGCCGCAGUACACCUUUCGCAAAGGUGUACCUGUGUGUGUGCACAUUGCUGUGUUUGUGCGGAAUCGGGUAGCGCACAGAGGUGGAGGUCGGUCGACUCUGUCUUAUCAGUUCCGAACUGAGUGUUAGCGCCUCUGAGCAAACUUCUGCGCCCUCAGUAGUAUUGUCAACGUACGACGCAGUCGUUUAUGAAUUGUACCGGCCAUCGAAGGUCAAACGAUGAUAUUUAUUUGUUAUUGUAAUUUUAGUUAAAUUAAACGGAGUUAUAUUUCACACAUUUUUAUCGACUUAAGUCAAAACGGCGACGUCAUUUUAUUUGUCGCGAAAGCUGUAUAUCGUGGCAGCAGCAAACGCGCCAAUCUGCGAAACAACACACAAAUAAAUUUUUGUGGACAUGACCGACAAGAAUGCUGGUCAUAAUGGAACGCAGUGGACGAAAGCAACGGUUACAGCUGCAGCUGCUAUUGCUGCACAACAACAAAAAACACUUAAUACUAAUGUAUUACCUGGAUCCCAACUCCUACAUCAACAACAACGAUUAUAUGAUCCAGUAGCGCUAAUGCCAGCUCAUAGCAGUAUUUUCGGGGCAAGUGUUGCUGCUUCGCUGGGACAUCUAGCGCAUCCUGAUGGCAUAGCACCAUACACCAGUGCACGCUUUCAGCCACCUCCAUUACCAAUCCAACAGUCUACAAUAGAAGCAACCAAUUUCUCACACAGUCUCGCGCACCAGCAUACCCAACACCCAUCGCAACUUGUACAACAUCAACCUUCGCCAACGCAUACACCAAAUACAGUUCUAACUGCGCCAGCUGCCGCUUCACCCAGUAUACCGGUACAAAGUGGCUUUGUGCCACCACCAUUACUGUCAGGUGCGGCGACAUCAGUGUUAACGCAAAAUCCAUUUGCAGUAACACAACAAUUGGAACAUUUAACACCGCAUUUAAAUUUGCAACAACAAUUAGAGUUGAAUAAAAUUAUGACUGCAAUGAAUAGUCAGUCUAACGCUGUUCAUUCACCCGGUGCAAUUGGCAGUGGAGGGAGCAACGCAGGUAGUUUAACAAGUCAAGAGCAAACUACACGACAACUUGUAACCGACGUUCCAAUGUCUAGUACUAGUAGUAAUAGCAAUAGCGGUGGUGGUACAGGAGGAACUGCAACAGUGGCAGGAGCUAUUAGCAGCACUAUAACAGAGAAUGUUUUAAGCGCUUUAAGUGCAGCACCAAAUAGUAGCGUCAGCGCCAGCGUGCCGGCAGUGCAUGGACGUUUGACUGGCAUUGGAGUGAGGAUGCCGGAUGAUGACCGCUUACGGCGCGUACAGGAAAUGGUAGAGUCGGGCGUAAGUGAAUUAGCAAAACAACAAAUACAACAAAUCGUUGACCGUGUUUCAACUUUGAAGCCAGUGGAAAAACUACUGCUUUAUUUGCGUUUACCAGGAGAAGCGCCAGAAUCAGAUCCCCUGCGGCAUCCCCAAAAUCCAUUAGGUUCACGGUCUGAGAUAAAUCACACAAUUAACUGGGUGCGCUCGCACCUAGAACAUGAUCCCAAAGUGUCCAUACCAAAGCAAGAUGUAUAUAAUGAUUACAUAGCUUAUUGCGAACGUCUUGACAUUAAGCCGCUUUCCACAGCAGAUUUUGGUAAGGUAAUGAAACAAGUGUUCCCCGGCAUACGGCCACGUCGUUUAGGUACUCGUGGUCAUUCUCGUUACUGCUAUGCAGCUAUGCGUAAAACCACCAAAUUGGAGGCACCUCAACUCCCACUACUUGAUACCACUACGGCCAAUGAGUCGUCCCUGAUUGGUGAUGGCAGAAAUACUUUAUGUGGAGAUGCCACUGCGUCUAUUGGUGAUACGGAAACAUGGCAAAUCAUACGCAGUUGGGCAGAAGGCAUGUUAAAUAUGAAAGUGGAUAGCGCACGGGAGCUAGCAACCCAUAUAAAAACUGUAACCGCCGGAAACGAAAUGUCCACAUCAAAUGCACGCUCUGGAAGCAGUACUACACAUAAAAAAUACACACCACGAGAGCCGAAAGAGAAACGAUUAAUGGUGGAUAUGGGUCCUCUGAAGAAAAGACGAAAGAAAAAACGCAAAGGAUCGUCAUCGUCAGAAUCCAGUUGCAGCCAGACUACUGCGCAGGCGCAGCCACAAACGACUUUGUCUGCCGCGGAUACAGCAGCAAUUGAUGUUAAGCCGCCUGUAAUGAGCGAAUUCAUACAAAUAAAACAGGAAGUAUUGGAGUCGCCGACAAUGCAACGAGUGCAGCACAUUCCAGCUUCCGCGACACAAAUUCCACAAAUGGCAACAGUUACAGAUGGCUUUUUGCAACAGCAACAACAACAGCAAAUGUUACCUAUGGAUUUGGCAACUGAGCAGCGUACAGUGUUGGCACGUGCACCACCAGCCACUAGUGCCUUUGGAGUAGCUCAUACACAGCCUCAAACACCACAACAACGCCAACCACUACGCACUGCCUUGGCAGGGGUACCACCUAACACAACAGCCGUAAAGAAUCUAACACCAAAAAUCAUUGAACUUGGUGCGGCAGAAUCUUCUGCAAUGUCACCAGGUGGAACACAAGAGCCGAACACAGUCAUUAAAGAGGAAGAAUUCUUUGAUGAGUAUAAUACGAAUAUAUUUUGUAAAAAGGUACGAAAAGCACAACAAACCAAAGGGUUUUGGGCUAAUUCACCUACUUCUACAACAAGUAAUAAUGCUGUGCCUAUCAUUACAACAACUCCAGCUCCUAAAGAGGUGGGAUCCUCCUCAACAGUGUUAUCAGCUGUUGCCACCUCAGUUAUUGCUACGUCUGGCGUGUCAUCAACUCAACCCUUAACAGGCAAUCACGACACAGGCUCCACAUCCAGCGAUUUGAUGGGACCACCAGCACAAAUUGGCAGCAACAUCUCCGUCAGUCCGUCGAGCUCGCUAUUAGGUGCGGACAGCAGUGGCAAUAAUUCCCAAUCGCUCACUGCAGCUUCCCCAAAGGUUUUGUCGCGCAACAUGCUACAAAUGCGCGCUAAACGCCAACAAAUUAUGGCCGCUUUGGCAGCUGAAGCCACGGCAAAUGCUGCCAAUAAUUUGGCCGAUCCGGAUGCAGGUGAUCUGUCGGCUAAUUUGGGCUUACCACGCGAACGUGUCAUUAGUAUAUGUAACAUGGACAAACACGAAUUAGACGAUUACUUUGUAGCUGGCGAGGUGGAGGAAGAGCCCGAGGACCAAGAUACCGAAUUGCUUCAAUAUUUUCAGACGAGAGACGCUGAGGAAAAACUGAAUUCCUUAGAUGCUGUAAAAUCAAAUAGGCAUCCAACAGUCACGACACAGGCAGCAACAACAACAAUGCCAAUAACGAAAACGUCAACACCAACGACGUCAAGAGCGCGUGCAAAGCCAAUGGCAACGAAAAAUUCGCCACAAACUAUCAGCAGACAACUGAGCGUACAAUUAAAUGCCAUGGAUAACUGUAGUUAUCCAUCACAAGUGUCAAAUAGCGGCUUCACAGCCGCUGCUGGUACCAAAAAGCAAACCGCAACCGGCGCUGUGCUGUCCAAAGCAAGUCCCACAACAACAAUGGCUGUUGGAUCGGCCUCAGCGUCUCUCACUUUCAUGUCACAGAAGCAUCAGCAACAACAAGUUCAUACACAAGUUCGACAAGAAAAUGCGCAACUAAUGCUUGCAGCAAACAACGCUAACAACAAUCCUAACUUGAAUAAACGUAAAAUCAGCUUGACUGGCACCGCGCUAAAUGCGGCUGAAGUUAUUGCGACACGCAAAAAUUGCAUAUUCUUUCCAAUAUCGCCCAAUACCAAUACCAACACUAACACGGGAAACCGGAACAAUAAAAACCCUGGCAAUAACGUUAACAAUACAAAAUUGAAUGGCAGCAGUAUAUCGCUGAAUGCAGGAAACGCGCUAAACUCGGCCGCCGACAAUGGCGGUGGUUCGUACUUCGUCAGCCCCGGUCAGAGCGCCCAUCGUGUACGUCCGAAAGCAGCAUUUGCACUGGGAAAACAGCUGUCAUUGGAGCACGAUUGCAGUGAUCCGAUGAUUGGUGCUAGUCGUCGACGUCGGAGCUAUGCCAAUCUCGGCACAAUCGGUGGUAAUAACUCACUCUUACCGAUCACCUCAGCAUCGGCGCCACCAAGUCCAUCUGUUUUGCAACAGCAACAACAACAGCAGCAACAAUUAUUUGGCACACCAUUUUUCGGCAGUGAGAUGAGCCAACAACCGAACAAUCGUGCUGCAAGCGGUGUGGUGUAUAAUCAGAUGAACAAUAACGCGGACGUAAGUGCAGCUGAUCUAUUGGGCGCCGAUCAAAACUCAUUGGAUUUGGAUAUGUUUAGCGCGUCAGUGGACAGAAGCAUGGUUUAUGAUGAGUUAACACUGAAUGACCUUACGACUGCACCCAAUGAGAUGCAGCGUUCACAAUCGGUACCACUAUCACAGUUGCAACGCACACAUUCACCGGCCUUCAAUCGGAGUUUUCAAGCGGCUCCCUAUUCGGCGUGUACAUCAGUUGCACAAACACCGGUGCCACAGGAAUUCGCUGACUCAACGACGUUCUUCUCCGAGAAUAGCUGUAGUCAAAAUAGUGGUGGUGGCUUAAACGGGAAGCAUGGGACGCAAACAUUGUCCGCCAAAAUACUGGUCGACGAAGCUGCCUUAUUGGCCAACGAUCCGGACGCGAUGUUGGAUAACCUCGAGGAAAUGUUCAAUACCAAUUUUUUACGCAUGAAAUGCCCGAACAAUUUUCAAGGUAACGCCACAACAACGACUUGUUCUUCGGCAGGCUCUUCAUCGGGUUAUAGCAGCAGCGCUUGUACGGCAUUCGGUAGCGCUGCGCUAAUAUCGGGUGUUGGUGGGGGUGGAAACGGCAAUAACUUAUUGGGUUGCACAGGCAAUACCACGUCGCGUUCGGUACCAUCCACGCCGCUGCCACAACAGAGUCCAUUUGCAACACACUUCUAUGGCGGAAGACGGCGGUUUGAAGAUGAAGUGAAUCUCUCACCUUCGCUCACAACUUCUAGUAGUAUCAUGGGUGGUACUUUCACAACAACUGUAUUCAAGUAUGGCAACAAUGGUGGCGGCUCAUUUGGAAAUAGUGGCGGUGGUGGUGGUUGCAACAGCAAUUACGACAUGUCACGUUCCAUGCCAACAACACCAACGGCGACACCACGUUUCCGUUACAGCCCAAUAGAGUUUACGCGCGAAUUUCUCAGCAACGGCAACACUAUCGAUAGUCUCAUCAGCGGUGGCGCAAACACGAGCAGCCUCACCGAUGCUGGUGCACCCAGUGAAGGCCUUAGCGCUGCGCUAACUGGCCUCACAGGCAAUAAUGAUGCGCUCAUUGAUGAGAGUUGUGGGCUAUCCGCCGAUGUCUUCGUUAAUCACACCGUCACCGAUGCUGAAUCAAUAAUUGCUGAAGCGAAUGAGUUAUUGGGGAAUUUGUAGAAUUCGCAUGAAGAGGAAGUGGAGUUGGCUACUAACAAUGAUAUUAAUAUCAAAACAAAAAACAACAACACUAAGAAUAAACAAAUCUUAGAAUUAGCCAGUGCAGUGCCAUCGGCAUCCAGUCCACGUUCGUUUGCUGACGAAGCCCAUUCACCAGAAAGUGUGAUUCCAAGCAGUGUUGUUGUUGGACUGUUAUUGGAACAAGUUGGUAAGCUAUAGAGUUGUAUCAACGUAAUUCAUGUAUGUUGUUGUUGUUGCAGAAUUGCCGGUAAAAAGACUUGUGAGCUUAGAUACAAAUGUGUAUUGUUAUGGUGUGUAGUUUAUUGAGAUUUGAAAGAAAUGUAUCAGUGUUGUGAAAAUACUUUAAUCUACGAAUAACACAGCUAAAAAAAAUGCCCUAGUUCUAAACUUUGUAGUCUGCUUCUGUCACAUCAGCUGUUUUUUGUUUACGUCCGAAAGCAAAAUGAUAAAAGUACAAAAAAAAGAAAUAGUUCGGAAGUUUUAGAAAAUGCCCAUAACAACAACUAUCAAUAAAUUAGAUAGCUCAUAUCAAAUGUUUUCGAAUCUGUGCAACUGCAACAACAACAAUACACAUUCUCUAAAAAUACAUGCACAUAGAGCCCAUAGCCAAUGAAGCUUUCUCUUCAAUCGCCCUAAGUGCCGCAAGAGUGAAAUUUGCCACGAUUUUCACUCACCUAAAGUGUUAAUAUUACACACUUUUUCAAAAAGUUUAUAAUUUUCGAUAAAACCGUGCUGUUAACCUAUAAACUCAAUCACUAUAUUUUUUAUUAAUUCUAUUAUUUUGUUCGUGGUUUGAACAAUUCAAUUGUUUGUUAAAUGUUGUAAUGUAUAUUUGUAUAUAUAUGCAUAAUGUAUUGGUCGUAUUAAGUCUGUAACUAUUUUAUGUAAAGUUAUACAUAUGUAGAGAGAAUACAUUCGUAAGUGUAAGAGCAGCAAAACUACAACACUUUAAAAUGCUAAAGUACAAAACGAAAAAUUUCAAAAUAUUUAGUGCUUUUAAUUAUGUUGGCGUAAAAUUCAUUUACAGUUCUUUAACGUACUAUAGAAACACGGCGGCUUUCGUACGUUUUUAACGUUCCACUUCAAAUGAAAUUUUAGUAAAAAACAAAGAAAAUUGAGCAUUUCAUAGUCUUCCAAAAGAAGAGCAUACUUUAGUUCUUUAUUAGCUCAAAGCGCGAGUAAGAGCUAACUGUAAAAAUUUAUUGCAUUAACGGUUUCAUUGAAACGAUUGCCUUAACAUACCGUCACAUAACGGCGGAAAGUCUGUCAUGGCUGAUUCAUAGAUAAGUUUUGACACGUUUUGCAUCAGGCUUUCACAUUGACAGAUAGGCUUUGAUACAGAUAUGUUUUGAUAAAUUUUGCUCCAGGCUUUAUAUCAAGUUCGAUGUAUGAUUUGGUAUGAGUUCGUUCAUAUAAAUGGCAAAGCAAAGCAAAAUGUUGAGAAACUCUCGUCUUUUUAUGUUUUCCGAGCAGCAGACGCCACUUACAUUACUUAUUUAUUCUGUGGUUUUUAUUAUGCAACAGGUUUGGAAAUAUUUAUGUACAAUGUAUAUUCCAAACCUGUUAAAAUGAUAAAAACAAAGUAUUAAAUAUUGAAUAUCAGAUAGAAGAACGAAAAAUAAAGCGUCCUUUUCACGCUAUGUUUGCGUUGCUUCGAUAUUAAAGUAUUAAGUUUCCAGCAAAACGAGAAAAAUGCUAUGUAAAUCAGCCAUUAAAGAAAAAUUAAUAAAAAGCUGUGCUUUUGUCGAACGCCUCACGAAAUUUUCUUUUAUUAUUAUUAUUUCUUUUGUUUUGAUUUUUCGAUCUUACAUAGUACAUACAUACAG